UUUUAGGCCUGUGGAAAUCUAUUCAAGGGUACAAGAGUGGAGUGAGCCCAGCUGCUUUGUGCUGAAGGAACAAGUAGCAAGCAUCAUUGGAAAGCCUUCCUUGAGCUGGAGAAAGGCAUCCACCCAACCUUGCGGGCCUUGCAGGGGAUCGACACUUGGAAGGCUCCUGCCUGGCUCCAGGGUUGUGCUUUCACGCCCGAGCAGCCGCCCUCAUCCACCUUAUGCAAGUGGGUUUUAAGAGACCUGAAAAAUCACAGAAGCUUCUGGGUGGCUCUGCGGAUUAAAGAGGUUUGGAGGUUGCUAUGUUAAUGCUGCUUGUCUUUGGAGUAUUGCUUCAUAAAGUCCCACUCAGUGGCCAAGAUCAGACUCCUCCUGAGACUGGAGAACCUCUGUAUAACUAUGCCAGCAUCCACUUGCCAGAGGAGCAUAUUCCCUUCUUUUUGUACAACAAUAGGUAUAUUGCCACCAUCUGUAAGAAAGACUCACAGUGUCCGUAUAAGAAACACUCAGAAAAUCUAAAGUAUUGCUGGGGUUAUGAAAAAUCCUGCAAACCAGAGUUCAGAUUUGGUUACCCUAUUUGCAACUAUGUUGACAUGGGAUGGACAGACACUCUUGAGUCAGCUGAGGACAUAUUCUGGAGACAAGCUGACUUCGGAUACGCCAGAGAGCGGCUGGAGGAGAUGCACGUGCUGUGUCAGCCCAAAGAAACGAGUGACUCAAGCCUGGUGUGUUCCCGUUAUCUCCAAUAUUGCCGAGCAACCAAUCUCUACCUGGAUUUAAGAAACAUCAAGAGAAAUCAUGACAGGUUUAAGGAAGACUUUUUCCAGAGUGGUGAAAUUGGAGGGCACUGUAGACUUGACAUUCAUACGUUGAUAUCUGAAGGUCAACGCAAAAGCCCUCUGCAGUCAUGGUUUGCUGAGCUACAAAGCUAUACUCAGCUCAACUUCAGACCUAUAGAAGAUGGUAAAUGUGACAUUGUUAUUGAAAAACCGACAUAUUUCAUGAAAUUAGAUGCAGGUGUUAACAUGUAUCACCACUUCUGCGAUUUCAUCAAUCUUUAUAUCACGCAGCACCUGAACAACUCAUUCAGCACAGAGGUGCACAUUGUGAUGUGGGACACCAGUUCUUAUGGAUAUGGUGACCUGUUCUCUGACACCUGGAAAGCAUUUACUGAUUAUGAUGUUAUACAUUUGAAAACGUACGAUUCCAAAAGGGUAUGUUUCAGAGAAGCUAUUUUUUCAUUGCUCCCCCGCAUGAGGUACGGGCUCUUCUAUAACACUCCGCUGAUAUCUGGCUGUCAGAAGACUGGAUUAUUCAGGGCAUUUUCCCAGCAUGUACUGCACAGACUGAACAUCACACAGGAGGGACCCAAGGAUGGAAAAAUUCGAGUCACCAUUCUUGCACGGAGCACAGAAUACCGGAAAAUCCUAAACCAAAAUGAGCUUGUAAAUGCACUGAAAACAGUAUCUAUGUUUGAAGUCCGGAUUGUUGAUUACAAGUAUAAAGAACUUGGCUUUUUAGAUCAACUGAGGAUCACACACAACACAGACAUAUUUAUUGGAAUGCAUGGAGCUGGUCUUACCCACUUACUUUUCCUUCCAGACUGGGCUGCUGUAUUUGAACUGUACAACUGUGAAGAUGAACGCUGUUACCUGGACUUGGCCAGGCUGCGAGGCAUCCACUACACCACUUGGCGAAGGAAGAACAAAGUCUUCCCUCAGGAUAAGGGUCACCAUCCAACUCUGGGGGAGCACCCGAAGUUUACCAACUACUCUUUCGAUGUAGAGGAAUUUAUGUACCUUGUCCUUCAGGCUGCAGACCACGUAUUGCAGCACCCAAAGUGGCCAUUAAAAAAGGAACAUGAUGAGCUGUAAAUGUGUUGAGUCUGUUCGCAAAAAGAGUGUUUAAACAUGAUUAAAAUCAGUAAAACAACCCGUUAUUUCCUAGCCCCAAAUGACCUUUUCUAUGCCAAAACAUACCUUCAAUAUACUGUUCUUGUUUUAUAGUGUUUAAAUAUUUUAUGUGAUUUUUGCAUUAUUGCUAUUGACAAAUAGCAAUAAGAAGUUUGCACUGAAAGCUUUACUUUUUAUAGUUCAAAAAUUUGGCAUAGGCUCACUGGUGUAAGUAAGUUUUCUUUUUAGACCUGCCGAAGUUUUCAACUUUCUCAACUUUCAAAUGUAUAGAUGUUUCUGCAGCAUAUUAUGUGAUCGUAAUUCCAGAAUAUUCCAACUUGUUUAUGAUAUACUUGGGUAAACUUACAACUGUUUUUUAUUUGCCGUAUGUGUUAUAACACUUCUUAACAGUAGGAAAGGAAAACGCGCACGACAUACGUACGGUUGUGAUGCUCAGGACCACGCACAGGACCGUGUUAUGUCAGAGUUUAGGCAGUUCCAGGUUAUAUGCUUCGAGGACUGGAAGAACUCAUUCUACUGUAUUCAUUUAUAUUCAUAUAUUUCAUAUUCAAAUCAUGUUUUCCCAAAAUGUAACAACUACAUAUGAUAAAAGCAGAUCGGAACAUGCUGUAGAACUGCUUUGCAUAUUCCAGCUGGUCCCCUGAUCUCCCCCUCGUCAUGGAGCACGUGUUGAAUUUCUGUAUGAAACAGUGGUUUCCACCAUGUGACUGCAUUUACCUAUGUGUGUGCCUCUACCUCUUUCAGCAUUAAAGUAUUCUAGUUUUUGAUUUCACAGUCUUCAAAUUAGCCUCAUGAAGAGAAUUUUUCCCCCUAAAACAGUAAGAUAAAAAAAUUCUAAAAAGACAUGAAUUAUUCAACCAAAAAUUUAAAAAGCUGUAUAUGAAAACACCAUUGAUUAAAAACAGUAUCUGGCAUAUAGUCCCGCUCUUUGAACGGGAUCCUUUCCUUCCUGUUCACCAACUUUCAAUUUAAGCAGUCAGAAACCCAGGAUUUGUUUCACUGCAGAAUGUGAGGUUUACAUUUUAUUAACACUUGACUAGUCUAAUUUAGAGACUAGUUCUAUUUUUUUUUUAAAGGAAGAAGGUUAUCAAAUUACAGCAGAACUAAAGAAUUUUUUGUUUCUUUUCUUGACAUGUUUAAUGUUUUUAAAAAUGGAGACGUGACCAGCAAAACAACAUGUUUACAUCUGGACUCUUACAGGGAAAGUUUUUUGACCUCUGCUUUAAAGGAUUAUGAACAGUAUGCUAGAAUUUAGGAAUAUUUAUUAAAAUAGCUAUAAAGCAAAAAGUGAAUCACUGUGGCAAUAGCUUUGAUUUGGCUCUUAAAAUUAUAUAAAAAGAUUUACAACAUACUUUGAAUUUUUAAAUGACAGGUAUUGUUACUAUUCUUUGCGCAAAAUGCUAAGUAAACACUGGGAAAAUAUUUUGCAUGAAAGGAAUUAUAAAGGCUGUGUUGCACUUUGAGUCAGCAAAAUAUAAACAUCUGAAAAAAAUUGUCUGCAAAAAAGUUUCAACAUGUAUCUUCUUACCUCAUUUUAAGGAGUAUGUGGAAAUGUGAUUGUGUAGAUUAGGGAGGCUUUCAGAAAUU